AUGCCCAAAGCAAGUGCUAAUUCAAAUGCUGCACCAUUACUUGCACGUAUAAUUCAAGUGAGAAAACGUCGGCCGAAAAAUGCCGGAAAACCUCGACCACCGCGAGAUCUACUUCAAAAAAAAUUGAUUGACAUGGCUACAGGAACAUAUUCAACUCGUUUGUAUCAUUCAGCUGUCGAUGGUCUAAUCAAUUCAACAGAUGAUGACCGUCAAAAUUUAAUUACUAAAACUAAAAAAUCAUCAUUUUGUUAUCCUAUUGUAUCUCCGUCAAGUCAUACAUCGCCGUCGUCAUACAUGCCUCAAUCGUACCCAAUCCACUCCAAUGUGCUACGAUCUUCGACAGGAUCGAUCUUACAUCGUGCACCAAACCCUCAUGUUCUCCCGACACGAGUUCUUCGUCCAACAAAUCUUCGUUGGGAUUCACCAAUUAAUAUUAUUGAUUUCAAAACGCGUCCGUUGAUCAAUCAAAAGAAAACAUUCCAGAAUCCAUUUUUCUUUGCAUCGAAAAACAAAUUAGCACGAUCAGAAUCGCUACAAAUGCCAAAUACAUAUUUCUUAAAUAAUCAAAUGAUGCAAAAAUCUAAACUUGACGCUAAGCAUUUCUGCGGUCUAGCACCGAUACAAGAAAAUAAAUAUAUGAUAAAAGAAAUUCCUCCCUUUCGACCUCCAAUAUCGAUAAGUAAGAGGCCUACCGUUAAUGCAAACAAUUUUCCAACAUCACCAUCAGCAGUAGCUCUUUCAACAUCAAUCAAUUCGUCAGAAUAUGAACCAUUACCACAGUCGCAAUCGGCAUUUAACCUAAGUAAUAACAGUAACAAUAUCAAUACAAUGACGAAUAUUCCAUUACAUACAACACCUCCACGCAAUAAUGGUGAAUCGAUGACAGACAAGACAAGUGGAAAUGGUUCGACAAUCGUUCCAUGUACCAUCGAAAGUGAUAUCGAAGUGGAAGAAGAAGAAGUUCAUGACAUUCGCGGUUCCGAUGAUGACGAACAAGAAGAUCCAAAAGAUUAUUGCAAAGGUGGUUAUCAUCCGAUAACGAUCGGUUCAAUUUUUAAUCAACGUUAUCAUGUUAUUCGCAAACUCGGUUGGGGUCAUUUCUCCACCGUAUGGUUAUGUUGGGAUCGUAAGGCAGCACGAUUUGUUGCUAUGAAAGUUGUUAAAAGUGCUAAACAUUACACUGAAACAGCACUCGAUGAAAUCAAAUUAUUAACACAUGUUCGUGAAAGUGAUCCAUCAGAUCCUUAUCGUCUCAAAUUUGUUAAAAGUGCUAAACAUUACACUGAAACAGCACUCGAUGAAAUCAAAUUAUUAACACAUGUUCGUGAAAGUGAUCCAUCAGAUCCUUAUCGUCUCAAAUGUGUGCAAUUGCUCGAUGAUUUCAAAGUCGCUGGUGUUAAUGGCACACAUGUUUGCAUGGUUUUCGAAGUACUCGGACAUAAUUUGCUAAAAUUAAUCAUACGUUCAAACUAUCGCGGUAUACCCAUACCAAAUGUCAAAACAAUUACCAAACAAGUCCUUCAAGGUCUUGAUUAUCUUCAUCGUAAAUGUCAGAUUAUUCACACGGAUAUCAAACCAGAAAAUGUACUUAUGUGUGUGGAUGAAGAGCAUGUACGUGCGUUAGCUUAUCAAGCUGCUGAAUGGCAUAAACCUGGCAUAAAACCAGUUGGGUCUGCAGUCGCUACGACUCAUAUAGUCAACCGGCCUGAUCCGAAGACAAUGUCAAAAAACAAAAAGAAAAAGCUGAAGAAAAAAGAAAAACAAAAGCAAAAGAUGCUUGAGCUGACACAACAGCAAAUUCAAGAUGCUGAAAAACAAAAACAGAAUUUAUUAAGUUCACCCAAUCAGAUUAAUUUGAAUAAACUGGUUCUUGCCGAACCCACGUCACCCUCAACGGAAUCGAAGCCAGAUAUUUCUGAAAAUCCUUCCGAUGAAAAGAAAACUAAUGGCCAUCCGAGUUCUCCUAGAGAGAAAAAAUCAGAUGACAGUGAUGCAGAUAAUUCAGUUAUUCGACCAGGUAAUGGUCACGAUAAAGAACAAAAAAUUAAGUCAACCAAUGGAAAAACUGAACAAAAACUUAAUGAACAAGCUGCGAUGGCAGCCACUGCUGCUAUUUCAGGUGAUUCGGACAAACAAACAACAUCCAACGAUGUCGAUACAAUAUCCAGACCACGACCCAUGGCUGAACGAACACCGAAUCCUGUUGUUGAAGUAGUUCCAGAAGACAUUCUUCAAGUUAAAAUAGCCGAUUUAGGAAAUGCUUGUUGGACAUACCAACAUUUCACCGAAGACAUUCAAACGCGACAAUAUCGAUCACUUGAGGUUAUUCUUGGCUCUGGUUAUGACACAUCAGCUGAUAUAUGGAGUGUGGCUUGCAUGGCAUUCGAACUGGCAACGGGAGAUUAUUUAUUUGAACCACAUAGUGGAGAGGAUUACAGCCGUGAUGAAGAUCAUAUUGCACAUAUUAUCGAAUUACUUGGACCUAUACCGAUUGAAAUUGCUCAUUCGGGUCGAUAUUCAAAGGAGUUUUUCAAUAAGCGAGGACAAUUACGUAAUAUCAAACAAUUAAAACCAUGGGAUCUAUUUCAUGUCUUAACUGAAAAAUACAAAUGGCCACCAUAUGAAGCCAUUGAAUUCACCCACUUUCUCGAACCAAUGCUUCACUAUGACGUUAAUCUUCGUGCUACAGCUGCUGAAUGUCUAAUGAAUCCUUGGAUCACUGGUGAACCUUUGUUUGGUAAUCCAACUGAAGGUUUUAUAUACACAGACGAGCAGUUAGGUUAUGGUAGUAGUACAGAGCAUAGUCCGACAGGUUUACGAGCUGGUGCCGCAAGCUUCGACUUUCAUACUCAUCCAGCUGAUCUCGGUGGUUUCUUAUCAUCUACAAUUGGUCAUCAACAAAUCUUACAUGGUGCAGUUGAUUUCCACCCAGACGAAUCGGAUGAUGAUGACAUAUCCGGAGCAUCAGAUGACGAUGACGAGGAACAAUCGGACGGUGAUGAAAGUAGCACUUCCGAUCGGUUGUUCAAUGAUAUUCGACAAUAUUGUGUCAACAUAUCUCGAAAAGGUGAUGACAAUAUCGUAUCACUAUCAACAACGGAUCGCAUCUCAAAACUAAAUACUUGUCAAUCGACACAGCUGUCCGAUUGUUUAUUUUCUCAAUCGAAAACGAAAUUGCAUUUAUCGGAUUGCAUCAAUGGGGCAAAUGCCUGUUCAUCGUUCGCUCUCAAAGAUUUCUUUGCAGAGUAUCUGCAACGGGAUAAUCAUCAAACGUUGACUGAUUCACUCUUUGAAUUAGCUCGAGAGGAAACAAAUUGUUCACAUUCACUUAUGAAUAAUAAUCAGUUGAAGUUAUUGCCAGCAUUGAAUGCAAACCUUCAAGUGUCGAAUAAUAAUAAGAAAAAAACGAAAAAGAAAAAGUCCGAGGAGGAGAAGGAAUCAGGGGGCGAUGAUUAUAAGAAAAACGAGUAUGAGACAAAGAUGGAGAAUGCAACUACUACUAAAAAGUCGAACAAAGUCGGAGAAACAAUCUCAAAUGAUUCAGACGUUAGCAUCGAUACUCAAAGUUCAAUUGAUUCAUCACGUGUAUAUCAUGACAAAUCACGAGCUCCUACUGUUUCGAUUCCCAUGCCACAUUCAAAUGACAUGUUCGUAAAAGAUUUACCAAGCUCUGAUUUGCACAUAACAGGCGAUGGAGACGAAGUUCUAAUCACGUUGAGGAUCAGUCCACUGAAUCAGAAACAACUGAAUCUUUCUAAUCAGCAUGUUCCUUACCUUUCGCAAACAUGGAACGGAACAAUGUCACAGAAUGUUGAAAUUAUAGCAAAAGGUGUCGUAAAAAUCAAAAACGAAUUCACUACAUCAACAAUGCCUUCCGUUAAUCAACCGGUUUCUAUGUCAACUCGCCCACCUAUCGUACCACGCACUUGCGCUAUGAAUCUGCCAUCGACACCUAUUGCACCAUGCAUUCAACCGGUAUUUCCUUCGUUCAAUACGAUGACGCCUAAUGGCAUUCAUAGUCCGGUCAGCUGUGAUAGUGACGUAGUCCAUCGUCGAUUUCACAGAAAUUUCGGCAAAUGUGAUCAUCUAUGUGAAUCGUCUCUUAGACAACCAGAUUUUCGCGGCCGACCAGCUCCUGGUCUUCUGACCGAUCCAUGUUUUCUUCAUUCAUUACCAACACGAAACUAUACUGCUAAACGGCCAUCAAAUCAGUAA